GUGAUGUUUUCGAUAAGACCUUGAAGAUUUUCGAGAAUAUGGCGCUUUAGCGCCAUGCAGUCCCUCCGCUGCCCCUUCCUGACUUUUGCAGCCCUGCUGGUGGCGCUCGCCUCCACCUACGUCCUGCGCUACGGCAGCUUGGCCGCCCGUGCCGCCGUGCUGCCUGAGGAGCGCCAAGCCUGGGCCAAAGGCGCUGAGCUCCGGGCGAACGCCAAAGGUGCCAAGCCUGGGCGCGGAUGUUGCGCGGAGAGUUUGGAGCUGCAGCUCCCGGAGCUGCCCAGAGGGCACCUGAAGGUGAAGUGGCGGAAGGCGUCGGUGAAGCCUGGGGAUGUGAUGGAGAUUCUGGUGGUGAAUGACACGAAGUCGGGAUCGAAGGCCAAGGGUUCCAAUGGAUCCAUGGCCAGUUGUGACCGGGAUCCUUUCACUUGCAAAGGUGUGGAGGUUACCAAUGUGUUCGUGUGGCUGGUCUCCUCCGACACCCACCAACUUUCAGCGGACGUGGCCACGCCGGUGGGGCCUGGCCGCUGGAGCGCGCGCGUGGGGCCGCUGGAGCCGGGGAAAUGGAUGGCGCACGCGCUGGCCAUCAUCACCUUCCAGGAAGAAGUGGCAGAGACUGUUGUGGCAUGGCUUAACCUGUCGCAAGAGGCUUUGCCUUUGUCCUUUGCACGCUGAAAUCGGACACUCUAACAGAAUCCGAUGAUGAACCUGCCUGCCCAGCAUUGUGGUGGGCCCAGCUUUUGCUGGAUACUUUUGAGGAAACUUGGACGCGCUAACAAUUAAUGUAAAAUAUUUGGCGCUUUGGAAAUAUUUUUUGCCCUUCGACGAGCUACUCUCAGUCCCAGGCGCAAUUCACACUUU